AGGGCUGCAUAUGACUGCUCUAUGGCGAAGAAGAGGAGAGCUGAAAAGCAGGCACUGGGGGUGCCCGUUAACAAGCGGAAAUCCCUGUUAAUGAAACCACGGCACUACAGCCCAGAUGUGGAUUGCAAGGGAAACCCGGACAACAGAAAUGAGGAUGAUGGCCGAUUAGAGACGAAUGAUCACUCCACUGCAGAGGAAAGCAUGGUAAAGCCUGUAGAGGAGACCCUUCAUUCACCUGCGGGAGAAAACUCACUCCGGACGGAAGACCAAUACGCGUGUUAUCCAGAGCUCAUGGGUAAAUCUCUAAUGCACCUAGGCAAAUACGAAGAAAGUGUGUCUGUGCCGACCGUAAGAGAAAACUUAAACGACAGUGGCAUCCAGUCUUUAAAAGCAGAGAGUGACGAGGCAGAUGGGUGCUGUACGAGCCACUCAGACGAUGGAAGGGACAAAGUCCACAGCUCCCAGCCACCUUUCUGCUCCUCUGGCGACAGUGAAAGUGACUCUGACAGCGCAGAGAAUGGAUGGGGCAGUGGCUCCGUUUCCUCAGAAGACACGGACCCUCACAGAGCCCACAAACACAAGCCGGCAUACGCUGCUAAAAAGGACCUGCUGGAAGUUCCUGAGAUAAAAGCUGAAGGUGACAAAUUUGCCCCGUGUGAGAACAGGUCUGAUUCCGACGCCGAAGGGAGAGACCUACAGAACUCCCACACGGAACCGCUGGCUGUCAAAGCCCGGCCUUCCUUCCCAGAGGCUGAAGACGGCGAGAGCCUGGUCCCCGUUACAGAGGAGCCUGGAGAAGUGGAUAAAGCGAAGGGGAACCUGAGUUUGUUGGAGCAGGCUAUUGCUCUGCAGGCUGAACGAGGUUCUGUCUUCCACCACACCUACAAGGAGCUGGACUGCUUUCUCCUGGACCACCUGGUGAGGGAGCGGAGGCAACCCAAGGUUACAGACACGGGUGGAAGACAAAUCUUUAACAAUAAACAUUCGCCAAGGCCUGAAAGGAGGGAGGCCAAGUGCCCCAUCCCUGGCUGUGACGGCACGGGGCACGUAACUGGGCUCUAUCCCCACCAUCGCAGCCUUUCCGGGUGCCCCCACAAAGUGCGAGUUCCUCUGGAAAUUCUUGCCAUGCAUGAGAAUGUGCUCAAGUGCCCCACCCCAGGAUGCACAGGAAGGGGACAUGUGAACAGCAAUCGCAACACUCACAGAAGUCUUUCGGGUUGUCCCAUUGCUGCGGCUGAAAAGUUGGCAAUGACCCAGGACAAAGGUCAACUUGAUUCUUCCCAAACUGGAAACUGUCCUGAGCAAGCUCACAGGACGAAUUUGGUGAAGCAAAUUGAAUUUAACUUCCGCUCGCAAGCCAUCGCCUCUUCAAGAGCCACUGCAUCAAAAGAACAAGAGAAGUUUGGGAAAGUACCGUUCGAUUAUGCCAGUUUCGAUGCACAAGUUUUUGGUAAACGUCCUCUUCUACAAACAGGGCAAGGACAAAAAACACCACCAUUUCCUGAAUCAAAGCAUUUUUCAAAUCCAGUGAAAUUUCCUAAUGGGCUGCCUAGUGCUGGCGCCCACACACAGAGCACAAUCCGUGCCAGCUCUUAUGGCCAUGGUCAGUGCAGUGAAGACACCCACAUAGCAGCAGCUGCUGCCAUCCUGAACCUUUCCACCCGCUGCAGGGAAGCCACAGACAUCCUCUCCAACAAACCACAGAGCCUGCGUGCCAAGGGAGCUGAGAUAGAAGUGGACGAAAAUGGCACAUUGGACUUAAGCAUGAAAAAAAACCGAAUCCUGGACAAGUCUAUACCCCCAACUUCCUCUCACACUAUAAUUACAACCCCAUCUUCUUCCCCAUUCAAAGCAAGCAGCCUUUUGGUCAAUGCUGCUUUCUAUCAGGCUCUCUGUGACCAAGAAGGCUGGGAUGUGCCCAUCAACUAUAGCAAAACCCAUGGAAAGACAGAGGAGGAGAAAGAGAAAGACCCUGUGAACUCCCUAGAAAAUUUAGAGGAAAAGAAGUUUGCUGGAGAAACCUCUAUUCCAAGCCCAAAGCCCAAGCUCCAUUCAAGAGAUCUCAAGAAAGAACUAAUUACCUGCCCAACGCCAGGAUGUGAUGGAAGUGGUCAUGUCACAGGCAACUAUGCAUCUCACCGUAGUGUGUCCGGGUGUCCUCUAGCAGAUAAGACUCUUAAGUCCCUCAUGGCUGCCAACUCUCAGGAGCUUAAGUGUCCGACGCCAGGUUGUGAUGGUUCUGGGCAUGUGACUGGAAACUAUGCUUCCCAUAGAAGCUUGUCUGGUUGCCCUCGUGCGAGGAAAGGUGGCAUCAAAAUGACCCCUACCAAGGAAGAGAAAGGAAGACUCCGACUUAAGUGUCCUGUAAUAGGGUGUGACGGUCAAGGUCACAUAUCGGGUAAAUACACGUCACAUCGCACAGCUUCUGGCUGUCCUCUGGCUGCCAAGCGACAGAAGGAGAAUCCCCUCAAUGGGUCCCCUCUCUCCUGGAAGCUGAACAAGCAAGAACUUCCCCACUGUCCUUUGCCAGGAUGCAACGGGCUGGGGCAUGUCAAUAACGUCUUCGUCACCCACAGAAGUUUAUCUGGAUGCCCUCUCAAUGCACAAGCUAUCAAAAAGGUCAAGGUCUCGGAGGGACUAAUGACCAUCAAGCUCAAAGCAACCGGGGGUAUUGAUGGUGAUGAAGAAAUUAGGCAUUUGGAUGAAGAAAUAAAGGAACUGAAUGAAUCCAACCUUAAAAUUGAAGCAGAUAUGAUGAAACUUCAGACCCAGAUAACAUCUAUGGAGAGCAACUUGAAGACCAUAGAGGAGGAGAACAAGCUUAUAGAGCAGAGCAACGAGAGUCUGCUGAAGGAGCUGGCGGGGCUCAGCCAGGCUCUCAUCUCCAGCCUCGCUGACAUCCAGCUGCCACAGAUGGGGCCUAUCAAUGAGCAGAAUUUUGAAGCGUAUGUAAAUACUCUCACGGACUUGUACAGCAAUCUGGAACGAGACUACUCUCCGGAAUGCAAAGCUCUACUGGAAAGCAUCAAGCAGGCAGUGAAGGGCAUCCAUGUGUAG